GAGAGAGAGAGAGAGAGAGAGUGGGUGUGUGUGUGAGAGAGAGAGAGAGAGUGUGUGUGUGUGUGAGAGAGAGAGAGAGAGAGAGAGUGGGUGUGUGUGUGAGAGAGAGAGAGAGAGUGUGUGUGUGUGUGAGAGAGAGAGAGAGAGAGAGAGAGUGUGUGUGUGUGAGAGAGAGAGAGAGAGAGAGUGUGUGUGUGUGUGUGUGUGUUUCAGCAGGGAAGUGGUUGAUUCGAGCACAUUGUCUCCCCGAGUCCCUCCCUCUAAACCACAGACAGACAACAGAAGUGAGACAGACAACACACACUACACUCUGUCCGUUAUCUCUCUAACGGCUGUGUGUGUGUGUGUGUGUGUGUGUGAUCAUGAGGACUCUCCACAGGCUGAAGUUGAUGAGUUCUCCCAGUCUGAGUGAUUUGGGUCGAUUAGAGAGAUCAGCGCUGGAUGAUAGGAACAACCAGCAGCACCGAGCUGGAGCCAACGCCACCUGGAACAGCAUCCAUAAUGCCGUGAUCGCCGUGUUCCAGCGGAGGGAUCUGGGAGAGAAUGAGCUCUAUGUGCUGAAUGAAGGCGUCAGGCAGCUCCUGAAGACUGAGUUGGGCUCCUUCUUCACAGAAUAUCUGCAGAAUCAGCUGCUGACGAAGGGAAUGGUGAUUCUGAGAGAUAAGAUUCGCUUUUAUGAAGGUCAGAAGCUGCUGGACUCUCUGGCAGAAACAUGGGACUUCUUCUUCUGUGAUGUUCUGUCCAUGCUGCAGGCCAUCUUCUACCCUGUCCAGGGGAAGGAGCCAUCUGUCCGUCAGCUGGCUCUGCUGCACUUCAGGAACAUCAUCACUCUCAACAUAAAGCUGGACGAUGCUCUGACUCGACCGCGCGCUCGUGUGCCGCCCUCCAUCAUUCAGAUGCUGCUCAUCCUGCAGGGGGUUCACGAGUCUAAAGGUGUGAGCAGUGAUUACCUGAAGCUGGAGUCUCUGGUGCAGAAGGUGGUGUGUCCGUAUCUGGGGACGCGUGGCCUGUUCUGCGGCGAUGGCUCGGUGGCACAGAGCUCGUGUGUUCUGGAGAAGCGUCUCCUGCGCCGAUGGCCGCGCUCCAGCGACUCGCACGCCAAGAACCUCGUGGUGCGCUCCAAGAGCUACAACAUCCCUGUGCUGACGCCGCUGGAGGAGCACGACCCCGAGAGCAGCGCUGCGGUCAGACGUCACUCCGUGUGUCAGAUGACGUCCUGCGCAGAAGAGCCUGACGUCUGUGAGGAUCCGUCUCCUCCCGUCUGCCCCGAGACCAUCGUGGACCAGAUCCUGGAGUCUCUGGACUCGGACACCGAGGGAAUCUUCAUCGACUUCCGCCGGCAGCGUUCCAACUCUGAGAGCGAGAGCGCGGCGUGACCUUUGACCUGUCCACACGCCGCUGAAGAUGCACCAGCAGAGCUUGUAGAACGAUGGGAGUUUGUUUCUCGAUCGUUCAGAAAGCAGACGAACACACUUCUCUGCUGUACUAGUGUACCGAUUCAUGACAGACUGCUUUUACAUUUAUGUGAAGUUGUUUUGCGCAGAAUUGGAUUACAUUUACAUUGUCAUUUAGCAGAUGGUUUUAUCCAAAUGAGGACAGUAGAAGCAAUCAAAAUCAACAAAAGAGCAAUGAAAUAUCAUUGCUGUGACGUCGGUAGCUGAGGGUUAAUUGUGCAAAGCAACUGUCUUGUGUUUUAAAAGACGACAAAGGACUCUUUCAGCAGCAAUGCACAUCUAAUGGACAAAAUCCAUUAACAAUUUGAACUAUUUAAAAAGUUCAUUAUCAAUGCAAUUGAACUUUUUAGGAGAAACCAUUGGAUCUGAAAUCAUUAGUAAGUGUAUAAAGCUAAUUGUUAAUUGCAGCAUGAUUUUUUUGUAAUGAUUUUUACAAUCAUGGGUUGAAUAAUGAUUCUUCCUUCAAUAUUUUACUUACCAGAUUACUAUUUUUAUUGUAAUUCUAAUGUUAAGUAAAACGAUAUUGUACUGGUGAUUAAAUAAGUUUGUCCUCAUUUAGUAUGAGAUUUUUCAGGAGAUGUGUGAGGUUUUGGUCCCUAAGAUCUGCUGCUUGGACUGAGAUGGUCCUUCAGAAGAGACUCGUCUCAGGUCAGUCCAACCGCUGCUGACCGCUGAUCACGAAU